AUGGCAACUCCAUCCUUUGUGGACGUCGGGCCUUCCAGCCAGGUCGACCGAGCACUUGACAAUGCUAACAAUGCAAAUGACGAUGCCGCGGGCUUAAAGGUGGCUCACACUCUCACUGCUUGCUGCAGGUGUCGGACGCGGAAGACUCGAUGCGAUGCAGGUCUACCUAGAUGCGGUCCUUGCGAGCGGAGCAAUGCCGUGUGCGAGUACUUCGAUACCUCAAAGGGCAAAAAUAUACCGAGAACCUAUGUCAUACACCUGCAAAAUAAAGUGCAAUCACUGGAAGCCGAACUCGCUUCACUGGGAAUAGCGGAGUAUGAGACGCCCGAUGCAGAGAGCAUGAUACGAAGUGCAGGUUAUGUUAGGUUCAAGGAAAACGACGAGUCGAGGUAUCUAGGCCCUUCGAGCGGUAUCGCCAUGACCCGCCUGGUUAUGGAGCUGGCCAAGCAGAACACACACACCAAAAGCAUCAAAGAGAUCGUUCCCGACAAUAAAGCCCGGCAGAUCAAAGACCGCUUCUCGAAAGAAGAAGAGAAGCCAACUAGCAAAGUGUAUCCCUUGAUCAGUGAUGUUGCUGCACCAGACUUGCCCAGCCGUGAUUUGACUGACGAGCUGGUGGACAAGUUCAACCAGAAAGCUCAGUACAUGCUGCCAACACUACAUGAACCGACGUUCAGGGACGUUGUUAAUGAUGUUUACUAUGGAUCUCCAGACCCAUACAUGAACUUUACUCUACGGAUGGUCAUUGCAAUCAGCAUGCAGAAGCUCGAUACAAGAUAUGCUGGCUUGGCAGACUCAUAUUACCUUGCGGCACUACCUUUCCUCGAAGGCGCUAUCAGGCCAAUGGAUCUAGGAACGCUGCAAUGCUUUAUCCUCAUGGGCCAGUAUUCUCUCGUCACGCCCACCCGUACCGCAGCGUACUGGGUGGUUGGCUUGGCAGUGAAACUUUGUCAGGAGCUUGGAAUUACGGAGGAAGCUACCAUUGCGCCUAUCAUCAAUCACCGGUCACAAUUCAGCGUGCUUGAGAUUGAUAUGCGGCGACGCAUGUUCUGGAUCAUUACGUCCAUGGAGUUUGGCUUGGCACACAGCCUUGGACGACCAAGUGCAUUCGGCACAACCUUCGAUCACAUCAACGUCCGAUGGUUUGAGGCUGUGGACGACCGCUUCAUCACCAAUUCCGGUGUCACCCCUGGUUGUCCUCUAUCCAUUAAAAAGCGUAUCGCGAUCCAUUUCUUCAAGAUGAGAUUACUGCAAGCGGAGAUCAGACGCAAACUCUACCUAAAGAAAAGACCAGAACCUCAGAGUGAUCAGGAUCCUUGGUUCCGAGAAAUGCAAGCUAAGCUUGAGGAUUGGCUGGUAUCCGGCUCAACAGAUGAUGAAGGCAGCGGACUAAGUGAGACCUGGUUCAAAGGUCGAUACAACACCAUGAUCGUGUUUCUGUAUCGUCCAUCACCGCAAGUCCCGAGACCCUCGGUGGACGCAGCACGACGAUGUUUCGAUGCAUCCGUGUUCAACAUAUAUAUGCAAAGACGCCAAAUAGCCUCAAAAUCGAUCGACCUCACUUGGGCCUUCACACAGUCUCUAUUCAUGGCACUCAACGCCAUUCUUUGGGCCCUCUCAUAUCCUGAAACACGGAAGGAGCAUCCCAAGGCCGAAGUUGAGAAGGACAUCAACGUGGCUCAAGAGGCUAUAUAUCUCGCGUCGCAGCGCUGGCCAGGAGUUGAGUCGGCACUUGAACUCUAUGAUCACCUCGUGGUGGCAUGCCUCAAUGUGUAUGAGGGUAUUGGCGAGACUUCGUACAUCGUCGAUUUAGCCUCUAACAAAACCUCGCCGGCUUCGUUCUCAGACGCCGUCACGCCUCCUCCGUUAUCCAGUCAAUACAGUCCAGGCAACUCAAAGUCAUCUCCACGUCACAAGCAAAAAGCACCUCAUUUGUCUCCCUCUGGAUAUGUGGACUAUGACAAAGGACACGGUCCACGAAUGUCACCCACACCUUCCGAGUACAGCCUAGAAUCAGGCAUAUCAGGCAGCUUUCAAAGUGUUGCCUCUCAGCAGCCAUCGCUUCAUAUGUCCAAUACGUAUCAGGCCUCUCCUUACGACCCAGACUCUCUUUACAACUCGUUCCCCUCAAUGCUAUCUCAUCAACCUUACCGCACACCGCAAUACAGCCACACCCAGAAUCUCGGAUCAAUCGGCGAACACUAUUCUCAAUAUCUCCAUGCUCCCUAUGUCCCUCACCAACCUCUUCUGACUCUGAACCAAGAGCAGCAAAUGGAGCUCAUGAGAAACCUCGAGACGGAUGGAAUUGAGAGAGGCUAA